CAGGGAACUGCAGCCAGGGAAGCAGUGACAAGAGGCACAUGAAGAGAAGGCGGCGUGGAUUUCUACCGCUCUGGGUCCAACCUGGCUGAAUCAUCCCUGGAUUUGCUUCUUCUUCCAGCAUCCCAGCAUACUGGUGAGCGUGGUGGUCACCGUUCUCCGAGAACUUUAGCUGUCUCUCUCCUCUGCCUGUUGGACUCAGGUGCUUCUCCGACACAGUGUAAGUCUAUUUUGCAUUCAAUUUUCCUAACGCUUAUCUUUUACAUCUUCAUUUUGCUGCUUUUUAAAUUUCCAUUCCACUAUUUCUUUGGUUUCCUUCAGUGUGACUGAGUCACCAGAUCCCUUCCUAACCACCCACUGAGAUUUUUAUACCAUGCCCUUCGCCAUGAAGGUGGCUGGUUACCAUGGUACCAGAGUGCCCUUCUGUUCUAGAUGCUAGAUUAAAUCUGUUCUCAUGGUGACUGUGUGCCUUUGCUAUUCUUCAUCAGCUUGUUUCUGCAGCACAGAUUUAAUAAGCUCAGACAUCACCAUUCCUUCUCCACCGAAGGAGGCUCCCUAAUAUCUACAGGAACAGGGAAGGAAGAAGUUGUUCCUGUUGUGUGGCUUGCUGCUGAGCCUGUGACUGAAGUUCAACACCUGACUGUGAAGAGUCAGCAGUUUCUUUCUUCUCUUUGCCUUUCAUCAGCAUGGAUACUUGGCGGAGAGGAUCCAUUAAGUCCACAACGUUCUUCAGACGUUUCUCACUCAGGAGACACAAAAAGCUGGGCAACCAAGUCAUUAUCUUGAAUCAGAACAGCCACACACUGGACAGUGAUGGACAGUGCCAGAAGAGGGAAUGCUUGAGGGAACUGAAGGACAAGUCUGAUUACCUGUCAUGUCAGAGUGAGCAAAACCUAGCCAAGGCACAAGCACCUCCUAAGCCUCCCCGGCUGUACCUGGACAGUUCUAGCUGCCCGAACAUCAUUGAUCAUACAGAUUCUCACUCUGACGUCUCCUUUUCUGGUGCUGCUCAUCAAUACCACAAAGCCACUCAAACUCAGUUCCACAAGGAGCAGGCUACAGACUGCGGGACCUCAGAGACUAGUUCCCAGAAUGGCACCACUCUUUCUGAUCUGUCUGAUCCUUUCCUGUCCUUCAAAGUGGAUUUGGGGCUAUCGCUUCUUGAGGACGUUCUGCAGACCCUCAGGAAACAGAAUCCAAGAGAUUACGCCAUUUGAAGGUAUUUAUGAUUUAAUGUAUCACAUUUACCUACUGCUGGUGCCAGUUUCUCUAGUCCUAACAGGAGGAAGGAUACUGCAUCACCCCUGUUGUGUGGUCUGUUCUGUUGUUCUUGCCUUAUCCAUGACAGACUGCUCUUGUCCUUGCCAAGAAGUCCUUCAGAAGGGAGCUGACAGGUUCCAUGCCUAGAUGAGAGCACUGUCUGCUGGAACCUUGUGGGCAUGUUUCCGUUCUCCACGCUGGGAAUUUCCCGCUCUUGACUGUGUAUCUCCAACUCACAGAAGAAUGGCAUUGUUUGGCAAAAGACUUGGUAUUUGGGGGAUGUGGAUGUGACACUGCGGAGCAUGGACAGAAAGGGGUAUGGCAUACAUCAUUUGUGGAUAAGCAGGCAGCUUGUAAGGAGACAGGAGCAUUGUUAUCUCAAAGCCAUAGCUACGGCAAUGGUCAAGAGACAGAAACUGAUGUUUCUUCUCCCACCACGUUUGAGUGUGAAAAAAUCAAAGCUGUUCCUCUUUUUUUUUUUUUUUUAAAUGUCAGUUUCUUUUCCCCUAACUCAAGUGCAGUUGGCACUCCCAGCCUGGAAACAGGUAAGCAUCUAUAUAGGCUCAUAACGCAGCAAGAGCAGUUCAUUUAGUCUACUAACAGAAGAAAUUUCUCUAGAUACUGCUGCUUGAAGCAUGCAUUGAUCUAUCAGCUGUACAGACAUGGAAGAAUAAAUGCAUCUGUGACUGGAAAUGUCUUGUUGCCUCAUUUCAUUGGUAGCAAGCCAAACCAACAAAGGCCAGGCAUCAAGAGCACAGGUCCCUUAUCUGCAGUGACCAAGAUUUAUCCUCUGGCACUUCAGGUUUUUAUGAGGGUGGGGAAAGCAGCAUUGCUCUUCUUUUCUGGGCUGGGAAACGGCUAGAGCUGCUGGUAUUCUGUCUUCCCCUGGGAGGGGGGAGGGAAAGUGCACACAGAUCAGGACCAAGAUCUAGCGCUGAAAUGAACGCAGUUCUUCACCCUGUAGGCUGGAAGUGCUCUGCCUGGCUGAAUACUUUUUAGGCAGGAUCAGGGGUGAACUAUUAAAAAGACACUGCAGAAGCUGCUGGGUCACCAACGUCUUAACUUUUUUCAUAGGUAGGUUAGAUAGCAGGUCCCUUUUAAAAAAGACAAACACCACAACAGACCUUAACAACCAUAAGCUUUGGAAGCAGGCUACAGCUUCCAAAAGAAGCUGUGCUCAGAUUCCAGAGAAGGCACAGACAGCUCAACCUACAGCCUGAUAGGAAUCUAGUAAAGUCAGAUAACGUGAAUUUGCUGAAGCCUCAAAGGAGCUUAGAAAAGAUGCAAGAGAAUGCCAGAGGCUUUUGUCAGCACAUUACUGUGGCUGAAUGGAUGGCGCAAAACAAAUGUGGUGCACUGGUAGGGAGAUACCACUAGUACAGAUGCAAGGCUGACCUUCCCAUGAGCAAGUGCUUCAUGCUGUUGUGGAGGCAAAAGGUGCUCCUCACAGCACUAUACAGUCCUUGUAUGCUUUGAGCCACUCAGAGCUGCAGCAAUCAAACAAUCAUUGCUCUCAAAUUGCCUAGAGUAAUAGCAGUUAAACCACAGCUUUUGUAAUUCAAGCUUAACACUCCUAUUCAGCUCCAGCAGUUCUCCAAAAACUGCUGAACAACACUCAUCCCCUGCUGUGGGAUGAAACAAGCCAGUAAAAAAAAAAAAACAGUAAAAACCGUGGAGACAAAUAACUUGCAACUUGCUGCCUCAAGACCAACAACACGACCUUUCAGCAGGCAGUCUUGCUUUCACCUAGGAACUGCUUCCAAAGCUGCCCUGGUCAAGCCUGUCUGCAGCUCUGUUAUUUGAUGACUUUGGUGCACAGCUCCUGGCUGAGUACCCCACGCAUAGAGCACAAGUGGAUGAGUAGUGAGUGUGUUGCCAUGAGAACAGUGCAGCUCUUCAGCUGUUUUCCGAAGCAGAGCAGGGAAGGAGCUUCAUUUGCACAGAGUGGGAGCAAACAGGGGGUGGAAUCAGACAAAAAUAGGAGCUACCCAGAGAGAGCAAAGAGGAAAUGAGGGCAGCUUCAAUCAGAAUGAAAUUAGUGCAGCUUGAAAAUGAGAAUGUAGUCUGUGGUGGAUGGAAAGCCAGACUGGGUAUGAAGGGAUAAGGUAGGGAGUAGAUCAGGGCAGUGGCAACUGAUACCCAAAAGACCUCAUUUUGGAUAGUCUAGAAUUUAAGAGCUGAGAACAAAGAGGAUAAGACACCUAGAAGCAAUACAGCCAAGAGAAGUGAUGACCAAGUUACUUGUUUUGGAAACAUCUUUGUGGAAGCAGCAGCAGGCCUUGGGGAAGGCAUGGUGUAGGGAGUAGGAAAAGGAACCAGAGCAGCUCAGAGAUCUUAGCCUAGACAGCAAGACUACACUGCAAGCAGAGUUGCAGCUGCUUACACAAAAGCAGUAGAAAGGAAAAGCACCACAAGUGCAACUCCUGGGAAAGGAUACAAGCCACUGGCCAUAACUCUUCACCAUUUUGAGAGCUAGCACAGGACUGAUGAAGGUGUGCUGGACAGAAGUGAGUCACCACCUCCACACAGCACGAACACCACCAGCUGCUUCAGCCUGCCCUGCCUUGCUGCUGGCUCCACCAGGCUAAUCCUUUGCAGCAGGCAGACGCUGCAGUUUCAAACUAACAAAGCUUUGGUCAUGGAAAGAAGCCAAGACAAAGUUAGUCAAAUGCUAAGUCUUUCACAGUUGAACCCACAGAGGCAAGAAUCCAUUAACAAUUUUUGCACUAGUGACCCCCUCAGGUAUGAAUGAACUCUGAGACAGUUCUUGUUCUCCACUAGUGAGGGAUAGUCAGACUUGAUUCUGCUUUUUCCCAAAUUGUCUUCUAACACUCUGACCCAACUCUGUGAAUCUGCUGUGUCUGCAGGGCUCACUGGUUCUACACCACGCAUGAAGAUCCGCUUGGCUACUGAAUUAAGAUGCUCUGCCUUUGCCUGAGAUCUCUGGGAAAUGAUGCUGGCUCAGCCCAGGCUGUUCAGACAGAACAUAAAACCCUAAACAAAACUAGGAUAGCAGCAAGGCAUUUUGAUAUGUAAAUUCUGUAAAUAAAAUACCUGAAAAGUCAGGAGAGAAUGCAUUGAACAGUCUCACAAGCCACUACAAUAUUUAGGCCAUGAACACAUACAAGGCUGACUGAGACACAGACGUGGACUAAGGACACCUGUAGCACAUAAGGCAGGGGAAAAGGAGAGGGAAGGAAGUGUCACAUUUAGUUUGAACUGGAACUCAAAUAACCAGAGGAUCUCAGGCCCCUCUGCACUUUGUCUCAGGGAAGGAAUUACCAACUAGACCAGAAAACAGGCAGAACAUGAGAUAUACUACACUUAGACUACACUGAGCUCUACAGCACAGAAUUUAACAUGCUGUAAAAGAAGUGGAUAUAGUUCCUACUUGCAAGAGGCAACAGGAGCAGGGGGUAACUGACAGCCAACAAUUUGCUGCAGCAUUGCCUACGCAAGGAGUGAUUUGGCUUCUAUGUUUAAACCACUAGUUGUUGUUGCCUUUUACGCAUUUUGUGACUGAAGCAACAACUUCAGAUUGAUCAUCUGGUGGAACAAACAGGAAGCAGCUAAGAGUUAGCAAAUACCUUGUACUUGAAGCGUCUACCAAGCUUUAACAGCACUGGUGAAGGCAACCCAAACCAGACAAUAAGGCCUCUUUACAAGGAUAUUCAAUUUGAUAUUACUUUCUUUCCCUCCUGCAAACCCUAAGAACAUAGGUUUGGUUUCAGCACUGAAAUUCCAUCCUCUUCUGAAUGCAGUAACCAGAGCUCCCUAAAGCUGCCUUCUAGGAGAGCUGUUUUCUUUUUUAGUGAGCUAUCAGCCAGAGGUUUCCCACAAAGUCUACUAAAUUCACAGAAGAAUGGCAUUAGAAGCUUCGUGUUGAGCAAGAAGCAUCCUUGUUUUUCACUUUUCAGAGAGAGACAGACACAUUGUGCAAAGAUCCGGUCACUCAAGUAGCCUGUGCCUCAGUGUGCUGCUACUCAGGCAAAAGGUCCUUUAAAAAAGCCACCGCUUCAGCAUAAAAAGGAUCACCAGAAAGCCAAACCUUUCACUAAGAGCUUCUUUUCCAGCUCUGCUAGGAAUCAAUGCAUCUUACCAUAAAUGCAAUGCAUCCUUUUAAAUUUGGGUUACUAUAGAAACAGACUUAGGUAACAGCAGCGUAUG